GCCCUAAGGGUCAUGCAAUUUAGCUUCCAAAUUUGUUCGUGUACCGCAAAUUGAGCCUGGCACGGUUAUGGAAAAUGGAACUCUGGGUACAUGAGAAAAUGGGCUUGUAUGAGGAAGUGAUUCUCUGAUCAGGGCACAUGUUUCGAGAAGUACUAAAUAGCGUUGAACUUACCAUCCAACGUUCAGUUGAAAAACAGAACGCUUCCAUUACAAACGUUUGUAACUAAAGUACAAAAUGGCUCUCAUCGCGCUGUUAGCUGCUGUCAUCUGCUUGACCUCGUGUGCGACAGCCAUUACAUUACAGGAUCUCAAUAAAAAUUUCGUUAAAUUUAAAGAAGGUGUGACAGAAAAAGAAAUUAAACUGGAAGCAAAGGUGACGGAAUUAGAAACCAAACUUCUUCGGCUAGAGGGACUAGUGGAAAGAAAUUUGAUUAGUUUGAUCAAAGAAGAUUUCGCUACCAAAAUGGUUCAACUGGAGGACAAUGUGAGCCAACAGAAAGAAAUGCUGAUUGCCCUACAAACGAAAGACCCCACCGAUAGAACGACGUUCGACUUGGAUAACAGCGAAAACGCUAAUUUCUUUGCAAGGAGAAGCAUCUUAAGAACGUGUCAAGAACUUCGUGGAGCGAUACCAUCGCUGACUUCCGGAAUGUACUGGAUCGAUCCCGAUGGACAAGGUGUUGGUGACGACCCAAUCUACGUCUACUGCGACAUGACCACAGGAUCCAGUUCCAUUGUCCACGACAGCGAAUCGCCAAUUGACGUAGGCCACUGCGCCGAACCCGGAUGCUACUCGAGGACAAUCAACUACAACGCAACCACUAAACAAAUGAUCGCAUUGGCUGAAUUAUCCGGCAAGUGCCAACAAUCGAUAACGUACGAUUGCACAUACGCCCCGUUCGAGUUCAACAACGUUCCUUUCAGCUGGUGGACUGAUAGACAUGGAAAUCCUCAGUAUUUCUGGGCUGGAAGUAAUGCUAGUGCACACACUUGUCAGUGUAGCAUUGACCAGAGUUGCGUUGACGCUACAGCGAAAUGCAACUGCGACUCAACUUCGCCAAUGCAACUGGCAGAUACGGGUUUUAUCACUGAUAAGAGUAUUCUACCCGUUACUCGCCUGAGUUUUGGACGGACGCAAUUCGAAAUAUCGUCCGGUGUUCAUACACUGGGUAGAUUCGAAUGCCUCGGUCAGGCGAAUUCCACCGGAAUACCCACGUCAUGUGAAGAUUUAUGGCGGAUUGGCCACUCACUCAAUGGACUCUAUUCCAUCAAAGGAUCUGCCAUGCUGGAAACUGUAUUUUGCGAUUUCACGAAACUGCCCGGCGAUGCAGGUUUCCAAAGAUGGGUCGGAUACGCUGACGUCAAAUCGACACUCGUCUACUUUUACGUCCAGCGAAGCCAACGAUUCACAACAGUAAACACUUCCAUCCCGUUCGACGUUGCCACACUCAACGUUGGCAAUGGCAUGAAUUUGACAACAGGCAUUUUCACAGCUCCACGAGCUGGAACCUAUUUCUUCUGCUUCACUGGACUGGCUGAAUUCCCCACUUUUUCCUAUUUAUCCUAUUUGGGCAUAGAUCUUUAUUUGAACGGUAAUCUCACCGGAAGGGCUUUCGUCGAAGACGUCAACACCGUCGCUGGCCAAUACAGCCCGCUGAGUCUUCAAUCGACGCUGCAGAUGCAACAAGGUGACCAAGUUUGGUUGCAGAUUGACACCUUGUUUCCUCUCGUCGGUGGACGCCCUGCUGGCCGAAGACAGCGGAUGCCUCUUGCGAAAAGAGUGGUGCUCUUUGACGACAGCCGCCAUUUUACUCAUUUCACCGGUUGGAUGUUGGAAGAAGAUAUUUCGCGAUCACUUUAAGUUGA